UGUAGUGAAAAGCAUCAGUUAGUUAAAACCUGCAGAACGUAGCAAAUAUUGCGAAACAAAUAAUAUUUUCAAGGAAUAUAAAAAAUGAGAAUGAAUUUCCUUUUCUAUGUUAUAAGUUUGUUCUUAGUCCUACAUUCGACAAGGGCUCAUGAUUUUUUAGACACUAUUCAAGAUCUUAUUGAAAUUUGUCAAAAGGAAGUACCACAAUCGGAACAAGAUUUACAAAACUUUAUUAAGAGCAAUAUGGAUCUUGCAAAGGCUACCAAUGCGGUCAAGUGUCACAGCAAAUGUAUUUUAGAAAAGCAAGGACUUUUUCCAAAGGGGGUUUUUGAUGAAAAGGCUUUCCUCAACUUGACACUAAACUCUUCGGAUUUGAAGGAUUACCAUGCUGAGGUUGUCAAAGCUAUAGAUGAAUGCAAAAAGGAAAAAGGAGCAGAUGAUUGCGAAACUGCUUUUAAAAUUAACAUGUGUUUGCGAUCAAAAAGCGAUGAAGUCAUGGGUCAUUAAGUUCAAAAACAUUUGGGAAUUAUAUAAAGCAUAUAAGUAUGUUUUAUUUUAAGUAAUAAAUAUGAAAUGCACUAAACACAUGAAUAUUUGAACACUCAA